CCCCGCCCUCAUGUGACUGCGCGGAGCCGCCGCCGUGCCGAGCUCCCAGUUGCUGCCGCCGCCCUCGCCAUGGUGCCGUCCCCGCUCGCCCUGCUUCUGGUGCUGGGCGCCGCCGCCACUGCCCUGGCCGAGCCUCUCCGCUUCGUCGACUGUGGUUCCGUAGACGGCAGCAUCCAGGAGGUGAACGUGAGCCCUUGCCCCACUCAGCCUUGCCUGCUGCAUAAGGGGACAUCCUACAGCAUCAACGUCACCUUCGCCAGCAAGAUCGAGAGCCAGGGCAGCAAAGCAAGGGUGUACGGCGAGAUGCUGCACGUGGACAUACCCUUUCCUAUUCCUGAGCCCGAUGGAUGCAAGUCCGGGAUCCAGUGCCCCAUUCAGAAGGGCCAUUCUUACAGCUACCUGAAUAAACUCCCUGUGAAGAGCGAGUACCCCAGUAUUAAACUGAUCGUGAAGUGGGAGUUGGUGGAUGACCAGGACCAGAUGUUGUUCUGCUGGAAGAUACCAGUGCAGAUCACCAGCUGAGGAGCCCUGCCAUUAGUAGGGCUUGGGGAGGGGAAAAACAGAAACAACACAGGCCAAAUUCUUUUAUAUAAUAAGCAUUUCUUACUGCUUACUUCAGAGCUCUGCAGCCUCUGAGCAACCAGCAUUGUGUUCCUUGCAAGGUCAGCCAUGGGCAGAGCACUCUUACCACAUUUAGGUGACACCCCUGGGGUGUUCUCACAGCAGCUCAAGGGGCAGCAGUGUCUGCUGCAGGAGCAGGAGUGACUGAGCAUCAUCCUCCAGCUGCUCUGUGGAGGCACUUUGUUUGACGUGGAGCUGUCUGUCCUCACAAAAGAAAUCCUCAGCAGUGAACCUGGCUAGUGUCUGAGCUGCUAUCUGGUAACCCUUCAGUGCCUCUUCUAGAAUGCCGGUUGCAUCCGCUCUCCUGUGUUUCUCCUGCUCUAUUGUGAUGCCCCUGGGACCUGCAUUUGCUAUCCAUGCAGCUGAAGCAGAGGGAAGGAGUCUUUCUGUGAGCUGGCUGUCUCUUCUGUCCUGAGCCCCUGCUCAAGCCAACAGGACUGCAGCUGGGAAAACUUUGUGUUUGUGGAUGCAAAGCCAAGUGGCAUUCAAUGUCUCUGCAGGGAUGAUUCUUUCUCUAACCAAUGGUUUGCACUACUACUAACUUGGAGCUGCUGUGAGCUCCUGAAUCUCUUUUUAUAACUUUCCUUUUAAUAAAGCCUAGACAGAA